AUGGGCGGCCAGCGCACGGACAUUUGCAUCCCGGACGGGGCAAAAGCACCCACCAUGGUUUUCAUUUGUUCGUUGCCAAGCGCAAAGCCCGCACAUGAUUUAUCACAUCGAAGGUGUUUUGGCCCUCAAAUAAGGGAAGGCUGGCAUGCAUUUCGAACGGGUAGAAGCAGCAGUUUCGACCAGCAUGCGCGGGGUGUGCUAACCUUUGCCGCGCAAAGCAACUUGCAUUUUCCAAGGGCUUUGAACGAAGUACCGACAGCUCUGCGAUCCGAUCUGGCCAUGGUGUUAAAUAAGGCAUUCGUCUUGCAUCACGGAUGCGGCGGCGCCAGUGCACAAUUGCCCGAUGAAACGUUUCGGGCACAUCAGCGUAAACGCGUGCGGUUUCAGGAGCUUCAGCAGAAGCGGGGCUGA